AUGAGCAUCGAAAAGUGGAAGUGGAGGAGCUCCUCGAGCCUCGUCAUCACCCCGUCGGCGAGCUAUCAGCAGCAUGAGCCGGACAAGAUGCCCUCGACCAAGUCGGCCGAGAGCAAGGCCCCGCGCGGCUUCACGAGAGCCCUUCGCUCCCUGAGCGGCUCCUCGGCCGACUCGGUCGCCGGCGGCUCCCUUCGAAGCUGCUCGACCCGCAAGCUGCGCAAGUCGCCCUCCUUCUCCGGCUCCGUCAUCGGACGCCUGCACUGUCGCGUCUCCAAGGAUCUCGGCUCUCUCGUCCCCUCGUCCAACGUGCCCGGCUACCUCGGCGACGGGCCCCGACCCUACCGCACCAUGGACCUCGUCCACCACGGCCCUCUCAAGGCCGACGUCUCCCUCCUCAAGGCCCGCUCCGAGUACCUCGUCCUGUCGGACCAGUGCCUGGUCAAGUUUGCGAGCGCCGACGCCGCCAGGGGCGCCUUCCCGCAGCUGAGCCAGCCGAACGGCGCGUGCCGAGAGCACCACCGGUACCGAGUUUCCACCGCCGACGUGCGCCUCGAGAUUCCCCUGCGGUCCAUCGUCGCCGCCUUUGACGAGGAUUCGGCCGGCCACGGAUCCGCCAUCGACAUCACCUGGUUCUCGCGCUGGCCGCGACUCGCCCACUGCAAAGCCCUCCUCUGCUUCUCCCUGCCCGAGGAGCGCGACGACUGGCUGCUCGCCAUCCACCGCGCCUCGAGGGCGAGGCACAGGAAGAGCCCCGCCGAACCGCUCAUGUCGGAGAACCUCAGGACGCGCAUCAAUCACAUCGUUCGAUCGGCCGAGGGCAUCGACGCAUCCCAGAGCCUCAUAUUUCCCGUCGCGAGGCGUGUGUCCGCACAGGCCCAGAAGGCCUCGGCCGUCGACGCGCCGCACCUCAGCACGGACCAGACCUCAUUUUACAUGGCCAUCGGACCCUGCAUGUGCCACUUCAUCGAGGUCCUCAAGGCCGAGCACUCGACCCUCCCGGGAGACCUACGGGUCAAGGCCAUGUCCUACGGGACCAUCACGCUGGCCAAGUUCAAGGCGUCGGUGGCCUCGCACGAGCACCGGUUUGUCAUGUGCUUCCGUCCACCCUUUGGUCGCGAGACUCGUCUGGACCUGGCGAGCAUUCAGUAUCGGCGCAUCAUCGAGGCCCUCAUCAAGGUGGACCGCAAUCUGAAGCCCCUGUGGCCGCAGUCCCUUCAGCGCGUCAUCUUCGACGUCAAGGGGCUCCCGCCACCCCUGCAGCUGACCAAGGGCAACGACCUCGGCGGCCUCGAGAGCAGCCUGCAGGCCUACUGCUCGGCUUUCCGCGUUCCUCUCCCCGAAUGGAAGAUCGAAUGGAGCACGCCGCCGUACCCGGCAUUUCGCCUGCUUCCCCCCCAAGGGUCCUCGUACUCGGCCCUGCAGCUCGUCGCCGUCUUCAGGGCGUUGCGAUACAACAGCUUCUUCAAAGCCGUCUCCUUCAAGGACGUCGACAUGUCGGCCCUCGUCGGCAAAAACGACCACUCCCCCUACGGAGAUGGCGUCGCUUUCCGGUCGCUCAGCACCAUGACGAUUUCGGAAGACUAUUACGCCAUUCUUCUCCAGGCGCCCAUCCUCGAGCAGGAGAUUCACGCGUUGGUGUUCGCAUCCGAGUCCAUACGGAGCGUCGACGUGACCAACGUCUUUGGGCUGCAGGGAGGCAAUCGCAAGCUGAGCCGGGCUCAGUGCGACCUUGAUAGCCUUCGCGCCAUGAGCUCGGAGAUGCUGCGCCCCAUCCUGAUGCUAUGGAGCCUGCAGAUGUGUGUCUGCCAGGCCAUUUCCAUGUCGGGCAAUCCGCUCGCACUCGGCGACGUGGACGAACUCGCCAACCUUUUGACGGUGGACCAUGUCCACCUCAAGAAGCUCCACCUCGCCAAAUGUGCCCUGGGCGACGCGAGCCUCUCGAAGCUGUGGACAGGGCUGGCAGGCCAGGGGCGUUCGCUGGAAUCCCUCGACACGUCCGACAACCAGGGCAUCGUGAGGUUUGACAUCAUGCAAGGCACGCUGAAGAAGCUCGCGCGGCUCACGUCGCUCAACGUGGCCGGAAACACGCGCAUCACCACCGACGAGUCUCUCCUCGAUAGGAAGACGCUGGAAGGGUGGCAUCUUCGGGACCUCGACCUGUCGGGAAUCACGCUGAACGACGCCACCGUCGACGACUUGGCGGCGUACCUCGCCAUGGGAAAUUCCCGUGACCUCCAAGUCGUGCGGCUCGACAGCUGCGGCCUCAACGGGAGGCACAUAGCCCGCCUGUUCCGUGCCAUGGGGCAGGCGAGACGUCUGACCAUGCACCUGAACGGCAACGGCGUCGACGAAGGCAUCGACGACCUGUGCGAGGCCAUCUCCUGCAGCUACGGCCCCUGGGGCCUCUUUCUGCAGAUGGUCGAGUUUGCCUCGGAAGCCAACUACGUCAAGCUCUGGCGGGCCUUGACGGCCAACAUGGCCAUCCAGUGCCUCAGCCUGGCCGGGACCUCGACGCCCGACGCGGCGAGCAGCACCGCUUGCCAGGCGGUUUCCGGCUUCUUCGAGAAGAACGACACGGUGCGCUUCCUCGACAUCUCCGGCUACGAUUCCAAGCUCGACGAGGGUCGACUCGGUCGAGAGUUUUCCAACGCCCUCGGCGGCAUUCGUCACAACACGCGCAUCGAGCAUCUGCGGGUGCGAAGCCAGAUGCUCAACAUCAACGUCGGAGACCUCGCCGAGGCCAUCUCGGGAAACACGACGCUGCACACUCUCGACUGCGAAGCAAACGACUUCAACCUGUCCAACUUUCGGCACAUCAUCAAGCACCUCGAGACGAACACGACGAUUCGAUCCUUUUCCGCCUUUUCCGACGCCGAGCUGUCCGACACGAUCCGCAAGUCCGUGCGGAGCACCGGUCGAGCUUCGCCGACGCGACGAUCCUCCGUCAUCUCGAGGUUUCGCACCGACAGGACGCAGAACGCUCCCGCCCCGUCGCUCGUUCACAAGCUCAAGGGCGAGUGGGACGCGGCCGCGGCGGAUUUGGAGCUCGUGCUGGAGAGGAACCAGCAGCUGUUCGUCCAGCUCGAGGAGGAGACGUCCAAGGACGAGUCGUUGGUCCGAAUGAGGCGCAGGGACAGCGACGUCGAGACCGUCUUCUCCACGGCUUUCGGAGGCCUCGCCCAUCGAGACUUGGAGCGUCGCACGGGAAAGGGCCCACACGAGUCUGCGUGUGCGCGCAAGCGAACCGACUCCAUCUCGACGCACCCGUCGGCACCCGACGGCCACGGUCGAGUGACGAGGUCCUCGUCCACGGUGUCGAGCGAUACGGCCACCAGCCCCUCGACCGACGGCUUCGGGGGCGCAUAUUCCACCGACUGA